AUGCCUCGACGUGCUCAAGUUACUAAUAGCCAACUUUUAACUAAACUAAACUCCAUCGAUAGAAAACUAGAUGAUAUGGAGAAAACUAUUCAUUAUCAAGAAAUGCGCUCAAUCGCGAGAACGAGAAACGCCGUUCUUUACAACAACCAUAAAGACAUUGAACUUCUAUUAAUCGAUCAAGGAGGCGUACCUAUGAAUUAUCCUACGAGGGCUAUAGAUAUCGCGAAUAUACCAAUAAACGAAAUUAAUGAUAUCUUACAAGUUCAUGGACUAGUUUCAGAUGAAAACGAAAGCGAUGAUUCUCGCAGAAGGCGACUUGCAGAAUUUCUGGGAGAAGCAACAAAUGAUGAUGCAUGUGCGAGAAUAACAAUUGAAUAUAAAUAUUCUAAAAGCAAUCCAGAAUUUAGCGCGAAAUAUUCUGAUGUGAAGGCUUGCCUUGAAUCGUUUCCUUAUGAUAAAGAGAUAGCCGAAAGUAAAACAAUUCAAGGAUUUUAUGUAUAUCUAUCACAAGCUAAAGAAGAACCACAGCAAGGAUUUUCUUUUAGAGCCGUUGAUUUGAUUAAAGAACUAGACGCAUUAUUAUCAAAGAAUUACACGUCCGAGUUUCAAUUCAUGUAUGAUGUAAGAACAUUAUUUUACGAAUUGAAAGAUGCUCAUCUAUCGCUUUCUCCAGAUUGUUACACAAACGCAUUCUUGUAUAGCCAACAACUUUCAUUAUAUUCAGUAAUUAAUAAAGAAGGUGUGCAAAUAAUCAAAAUAUUCGAUGAUGAAAUAGAUGGUGGCAACUUUGAUUGUGAGGUGACACACAUUGACGGAAGACCUUCAAUGGAAGUUAUUCAAGAAUUUGCAGAUACAAUGAUAUUUUAUUCAAAAGACGCAGGAGUAAGAUUUAAUAUGGCAUUAGCAACUUUAAUAAUUGAUGAGAUGGGAGUAAAAGAAAUCGCUGAAUUCUCUAACUUAGAAUGGAAGAUUGGAUCACAGUAUUAUGGUAGAUUUAAUACAUCAAAAGAAUUUCGGGACGCACUUUGUCUAUUGAAAGAUAUUCCAACCAAUCCCUCCGAUAUAUUCAGUGAAAUUUAUAAGCCUAAAAUUUAUAAUAACUCUAUGAGUGAAGGCGAGGUAGUCUAUAACACAUUGAUGGCUACUUUUUUCAUAUUGAGUGAUAAUAAAAUAGGUGUAGUGACCAUUCCAGCACUUGUUUCGUUAAUUGAUAAUGUAGACCAAAUGUUUGAAUUACAAACCGGCUUUAGCUUAUUAGAAGACAAAGGCGUAACUAAAAUCGUACUGGAUUUUAGCGCGAAUGUAGGAGGAGAUCGAAUUGUCACGGGAAUCAUUGAAACUGCAACAGCACAAUCAAUUCAUAUAAAAGAUAAAAUACAAUUCACAAUACCACCAAGCCUAAGUAUUAAAAACUUGACUAGAUGGGCUGCAAGGACCGCGGACUUGGUAGCAGAAUCUAACUCGAUAUUCGACAUUUUCGGCUACAAAGAUCCAAAUUCAGAUAAACACUUUAGCAGCUUAGACGAAUUUAUUGGUAAUCAUACAUACGUAAGGGGAGAAACACCGAUGUCAUAUACAUCGAAUUUUAUAGGGAGAUAUUCACAAAAAUUUAGUCUAUUUGUCAAAUUAUUAGCAGGAAAUAUUAACGAAUAUAAAUGGAAUAGUGAAGAUAUUAUGAUAUUAACCAAUGGAAAUUGUGGUUCAUCAUGCUCAACGAUUACUCAUCGCAUGGCAGAAAGAUUUAACGUCAGCACCGUUGUAGGUGGAGGUUAUAAGGAUACACUAUUAUCUUAUGCUUCAUUUCCCGGUGGUCAAUCUUACGAUUUUAAUGAUUUAUAUAAUGAAUUAUUUAAUAUUGGGAUAUUGCAAAAUGAAACAUUAAAAGAUUUAAUUCCACCUCAAUUUAAGAUUUUUGCAUCUUUUGGGUUUACGAUAAAGGAGAAUUAUGAUAUCAAUAAUCAUGAUGUAUUAGAAUAUACUUAUGAACCAGCUAAACAUAGAUUAUACUAUGACGAGAAAAGUGUGAGGGAUCCUAGUAUAUUAUGGCUAAAAGCUGCUAGUUUAUUGUCCUAA